CGUUUAUGUGCUAUUAUGCCGGAAAUGACAGCCCAGUGUUUCCGCGAAGAGGAAAACAUUGCGAAGAUCUGACUAUGAUUUUCCCCGCAUAAACCAACAAUCUGUCGGGAUAUCACGGAAACAAAAUGUCGAGAAGGUACCAGAUGCUUCGGGCCGACAUCCGAUGUGUUAUAGGCGCCUGCAAAGACGAUUCAACGUGCCCUUUUUCAGAUUUUGAGCAGGGAGAAAACUUGAUCACCUUCAACUACUCCAACAACAAUGAAGGGAAAACUUACACCAUUCACCUGUCAGAGGAUUAUCCAGAACACACGUUGGUAUCCUGUUCAGACCGGCCAGAAGAUGCCUUCACCACCAAUGAGAGAAUCCCUCUGAUCUUCAACAGACUUGCAGAAGACCUGUGGAAGCGAGUGAACCUUCAGCCUCCUGAGAUCAGCAGCAGCAGUGGCAGCAGUGAAGAUGAGGAGGACUCACAGGAGUACUUUACACACGACUCAGGCGGCAAUGACCUUGAUGACUAUGACCUUGAAGUUGACAUUGAUGAUUACUACAACGACGCUCAUGACUUGGUGGAGGAACGGAUGCACCCUCAACUGGACAACGACAUCAAGUCAGUCGAGCAGAGGUUUGGAGCUCAUGCUAUCAAUACAAGAAUAUUCUCGUCUAUCGAUGAUGUGGAUGCAGAACUGAACAUUGACAUGUCAUUCCUGGAUGAGGAGAUAGCCAAGGCCUGGAAGGUGAACAGACAGGAACCUAUAGUCAUCAGGCUUCAUCUGUCCUUCAGUCAGUACCUGGACGCCAACGAGCCUCCCAAGGUUGAGGUUUUCCAGCCUUCUAACAAAGAGACUUUUGGACUCGGAAUGCAGAUACAAAAGAUUAUGGAGACGUUCCUGUCUAAAGAGUGGAAGGACCUGAGUAAUGACCGGGUGACGGCCAUCUGUGUUCCUCUCAGGCCCAUCUCUGCUCGCUCCUCACAUUCACACAAGGGGGCGUCAUCACACGGGAAAAAACUGAAACAGCUGCACGAAAUGUCAAAGAGCUUCCAAUCCCUAGUCUCCUCGUGGAAAGUCAGACCAGUCAAGAAAAUCCAUGACAGACACGUGGCCCAGCUGGUUGACAUGGGCUUCACGGUGGAGAUGGCUCGUAACGCGCUCUUCAUGACACGCAACAACCUAGAAGAGGCGAUCAACCUGCUCCUUACACAACCUGAGAGCUGCAGGCCAGCUGGAGGGGGAGGGGCGGGGAGCAGCUCGUUCCGCGGCACGUGGACCUCGGCGCUGUUCCUGGCGCCAUCCGUGGCCCAGCAGCACCAGGUGGUCCUGCCGGCGCGACCGUCUCAGCCGCUCAAACCCGCCACCAUCGGGGACGAGCUGCACCUGGUACCAUGUUCAACCGAGAGAGGUAGGACUGCCAAAACCAUUCCAGGAUUGGAGUACGGAUUCCUGGCACAGUGCCUAAUAUAUGCACGGAACCGCAUCCCAACCCUGAAUGAAUACUGUGUGGUGUGUGAUGAGCCACAUAUAUUCCAGAACGGUGCUAUGUUGAAACCUGUAGUGUGCGAGCGGGAAGUGUGUGUUUUUGCCUUCCAACAACUCGGUGUAAUGAGAGGAGCGGCCGAUGACAUCGCUACUGGAGCCGAGGUUGUGGAUUUGCUGCUGGCUAUGGUAAAGGCCAGCUCCCACUCCCCCAGGAAAGACCUGAUCCUCGACCCCUUCCCCUCAGUGGUAGAUCCCGAUAACGCCAAGGAGAUGGUGCUCAGUCCAAAGAAAAAGAACUAUGACCGAGUGAAUGCGAUCCUGGACAGCCUGAUGAGUGUGAGAGAGAUGACCCAGGCCUCGGUGGACAUGAAGAAACAACUGGACAAGAAGGACAAAUAUGCCUGGCCAUUCCUCAGCUGGGUGAUUUCCAGCAACAGAUCCCAUAUUGUCAAGCUGCCUGAAAGCAGGAGAAUUAAGUUCAUGCACACCCCUCACCAGUUCCUGUUACUGAGCAGCCCCCCUGCUAAAGAACAGGCCUUCCGAGAAGCCAAGAGACAACACGGCAGUCUGUUCGCAUUCCAUGGUUCCCAUAUAGAAAACUGGCAUUCCAUCCUGAGACAUGGCCUCAUCAACGCUUCAGGUACCAAGCACCAGCUCCAUGGUGCUGCAUACGGCAGUGGGAUCUAUCUCAGUCCCAACUCCAGUGUGUCCUUCGGUUACUCCUGCAUGGGCCACGGGAGUCACAAGGCUGCCAGGAACAAGGCUCUGCUGGUGACCCCCCAUCGGAAAGGGUUCCUGCAAGGCUGCAAGGCCCUCGGGUGUACAAAUCAGACUACUGCGGCAUCAGAGAAGACUGGCAAGAAAGAAAAUACUAAACGUUUCUUAGAAAGUGACAACUUGACCUGCAUAGCACUCUGUGAAGUGAUCCAUUCCAAGGAGCUCAGAAAACACAACAACAUCUGGGUGGUGCCUAACCCUGACCACGUGUGCACAAGGUUCUUCUUUGUGUAUGAAGAUGGGCAGGUGGGGGAUUCCAUGGUGGACACCACACAGGAGAAGUACCAGAAGGAGAUACUCAGGGCCAUCGGCAACAUGACCGCCACCGACUGACCUUCAGAACAGUCAAGGUCGUUCACGUAGCAGGGUAGAGCCAUGCUGGUUUCAGGCAAUCUUUUCCCAGGCAGUGACGUUUUAUCGAUUUUUGUUUAGUUUCAUAAGUGUUGAAUCUAAAAUAAUAACUGCUGUUGCAGAAUAUUAUUAGACUUACAUGUACAUGGAGAGUUUGGGUCAUCAUACA